AUGGAGCAUCUGGCAACGGUGUUUGAUCGCCUUCAACAAUUUGGCGUUGUUCUCAACCCGUCCAAGUGCGUCUUCGGUGUUUCCUCCCUAGAAUUUCUCGGUCAUCUGGUCGACUCCCACGGCAUUCGGCCUCUUCCCUCAAAGGUUGCCGCCAUUCGGGACUUUCCACCCCCUACCUCAAAGCGUCAGUUGCAACGGUUCCUUGGUAUGGUGAACUUUUAUCGCCGGUUUCUCCCGAACUAUGCCUAUACCAUCCUACCUCUGAUCAGUCUCCUUUCAGGUUCUAAGCGCACCUUUGAAAUUACACCAGCAGCACUCACGUCAUUUGAGCAGGUAAAAGCUCUUCUGGCUGAUUACACCCUCCUGACUCACUUUCAUGCUGAUGCACCCAUAUCUCUGAUGUUCGAUGCCUCUAAUGUUGCUGUUGGAGCGGUUCUUCAACAAAGUCUGCCAGAUCCUACCGUGCCUUUGGCCUUCUUCUCCAGGAAACUAUCCAAGGCCGAAACACGCUACAGUACAUUCGAACAUGAACUUCUCGCUGCUUAUCUUACCGUAGGACACUUCCGGCAUUUACUCGAAGGUCGAGAGUCCACAAUUUUCACAGAUCAUGAGCCACUCACAUUUGCAAUGCACUCCCACUCUGACAAGCUAAGUCCCCGGGAGAUCCGCCACCUGGACUACAUUUCGCAGUUCACUUCAGACGUCCGCCAUAUUGACGAGUCACGGAAUGAGGUGGCUGACGCACUCUCCAGGCCCUCUAUCGCUCACCUUCAGCUUUCACUCGGGAUAGACCUCACUGAGAUGGCCGCUGAACAAUGCCGUGUCGGUCCAUCCUGUGAUGAGGAUGUUUCCGGACUCCAACUUCAGGAACUACCACUGACAACUGGCAACGGCACCAUCUUAUGCGACUUAUCCACUCCUUCCCAUCGUCCAUUUGUGCCACCAUCCCUCCGCCGCAAAGCUUUCUCCUCCCUGCACAAUCUCUCUCACCCGCGGAGUCGAGCAACCGACAAGCUGGUUUCCUACCGCUUCGUAUGGCCUGGGAUGCACAAAGACCUCAAAGCAUGGACACGGGCUUGUAUUGCCUGUCAACGGAGUGAGAUCCGGCGGCACAACAAGGCCCCCAUUGGCACUUUCCCCGGCCCUGGUGCAAGGUUCAGCCACGUUCACCUGGACAUUGUAGGCCCUCUGUCUCUGUCCAAUGGUUGUUCCUAUCUCCUCACCUUUGUGGAUCGAUUCACUCGGUGGCCUGAAGCAAUUCCCCUGCCUGACAUUGCUGCUCCAACGGUGGUCAAGGCUUUUCUCAGUCGUUGGGUUGCUAGCUUUGGUGCACCCUCCACAAUCACGACUGACCGCGGUGCCCAAUUUGAAUCUAACCUCUUCCAGUCUCUCCUCUCCUUGUUAGGCUGUACUCGCAUACGUACUACGGUCUAUCAUCCGGCAGCCAAUGGGAUGGUCGAGCGAUUUCACCGCCACAUGAAGGCCUCCCUACGCGCCGCAGACGAUCCGGAGAACUGGAUAGACCACCUCCCCCUGGUUCUGUUGGGCAUUUGCUCCUCCCUCAAGACGGACCUUGAUUGUUCUGCUGCUGAAUUCGUGUUCGGUGCCACCGUCCGACUUCCCGGUCAGAUGAUCUCGCCAACCCCGCGAGUUGCAGUUGAGGAUCCUACCAACCUCCUGCAUCGCCUCCGGCAAUUCCUGCGGACACUUUCCCCGGUUCCGCCGAGGGCAUCCCUAUCCGAGUCUUACAUCGAUAAAGACUUGACGACAUGCUCUCACGUCUAUCUCCGAUGGGAUCGAGUCCGCCGUCCCCUAGAACCACCCUACGAGGGCCCCUUCCGAGUGAUCUCUCGUGGGACGAAGAACUUCCGCAUCCAACGCGGAACUCGCGAGGAGGUCGUGAGCGUGGACCGUCUCAAAGCUGCCGUCCCGGACAUUCCUCCGGAUGAGCCCUGUGGUCGCAGUAGCUGCUGGUCGCAUGCUGUUUCGGAGCAGUCAGCGGAUGCCGAGCCCAAUUCGAUGUGA